ACACGUAGGUAAGUAGUUCCGUCAUUCUUGUCCCGCAGUCCGUAUCGAACCACGGCAAUCGUUGCAUGUUACUUUACGCGAUCAAUCUUGGAAAAUUGUGCGAGACAACUAUAGCCACACCCCGUGGCCAUUUUGGACAGCAGAAAGUUGUUCUUAAACGGCGAACGAUAAACGCUGUAUAAAAUGGAUCAGAUUACGCCGAAGGAAGUGGAAAUUCUGGAGAAUCCUGAGGACAUUCAAGAACGACGAGAACAAGUCCUCAGUCGAUAUGCAAAUUUCAAAGCGGAAGCACGUAAUAAGAGAGACAAACUCGAGGACUCCCGUCGCUUUCAGUACUUUAAGCGAGAUGCGGACGAACUCGAAGGAUGGAUUUAUGAAAAGCUGCAAGCUGCUUCUGACGAGAGUUACAAAGAUCCCACGAAUUUACAAGCAAAAAUACAGAAACAUCAAGCAUUCGAAGCAGAAGUCUCGGCUCAUUCAAAUGCUAUAGUUUCACUGGACAAUACUGGUUCAGAAAUGAUAGCUCAACAUCACUUUGCAAGCGAUAUCAUUCGUAAAAGAUUGGAGGAUCUUCAUCGGCUAUGGGAACUACUGCUCUCUAGAUUAGCAGACAAAGGUCUCAAAUUGCAACAAGCACUGGUUCUUGUGCAAUUUAUUCGAUACUGUGACGAAGUGAUGUUUUGGAUCCACGAUAAAGAAGCAUUCGUAACCACCGAUGAAUUUGGGCAUGACUUGGAACAUGUUGAAGUGUUGCAAAGAAAAUUCGACGAAUUCCAAAAGGAUAUGGCUAGUCAAGAAUACAGAGUGACAGAAGUAAAUGAGCUGGCAGACAAACUUCUGUUAGAUGGACAUCCUGAACGAGACACCAUUCUACGUAGGAAAGAGGAACUCAAUGACUCUUGGCAAAGAUUGAAACAACUUGCUGUUUUGAGACAAGAGAAGCUUUUUGGUGCACACGAAAUUCAAAGAUUCAAUCGUGAUGCCGACGAAACGAUGGCUUGGAUCGCGGAAAAAGACGUCGUCCUGUCUUCGGACGAUUUUGGACGUGAUUUAGCGAGUGUACAAACUUUGCAAAGGAAGCACGAAGGCAUAGAACGCGAUUUGGCAGCAUUAGAAGAUAAAGUUUAUACACUGGGAGCCGAAGCAGAUCGUCUGGCAGCUAUUCAUCAAGCGGAUCAUUCGAAACAAAUUCAAGCUAAACGCGCCGAAAUCCUGCAAUCGUGGGAAAGCCUUACUGCAAAAGCAAAAGAACGACGUCUAAAGCUUGACGAGUCCUACUAUUUGCACAGAUUUUUAGCCGAUUACAGAGAUCUCGUUUCGUGGAUGAAUGACAUGCGUGCAAUUAUAUCUGCAGACGAAUUAGCUAAAGAUGUAGCUGGCGCAGAAGCUCUUGUUGAAAGGCAUCAAGAACACAAGGGAGAAAUCGACGCUAGAGCUGACAGUUUCGAUGCGACUACAUUGGCUGGCAACAAACUUCUGGAAAAGAAACAUUACGCUGCGGAAGAAGUAACCAGAAAAUUAAAUUCUUUGGCAGAGGAUAAACAGUCUCUUUUGAGUCUCUGGGAGAAAAGGAAGAUUCUAUACGAACAGUGUAUGGACUUGCAGUUAUUCUACAGAGACACGGAACAAGCAGAUGCAUGGAUGGCUAAACAAGAAGCGUUCUUGGCCAACGAGGAUCUAGGAGAUUCUCUCGAUAGCGUGGAAGCUUUAAUCAAGAAGCACGAGGACUUCGACAAGUCCUUAGCUGCUCAAGAAGAGAAGAUCAAGGUCUUGGACGAUUUCGCCGGCAAAUUGAUAGAAGGAGAACAUUACGCUGCGGAUGACGUAGCACAGAGACGUCAGCUUCUGUUGGAAAGACGCGCCGUGCUUCUUGAAAAAUCUGCUCAGAGAAGACGUCUUCUGGAGGAUGCCUAUAAACUACAACAGUUUGAACGCGACUGCGACGAAACAAAGGGAUGGGUUAACGAGAAACUGAAGUUCGCCACCGACGAUAGCUACCUAGAUCCCACCAAUCUGAACGGUAAGGUGCAGAAACAUCAAAACUUCGAACAAGAGUUAAACGCCAACAAGACUCGUAUGGAGGAAAUGGUAGCAACCGGCCAGGAAUUGAUCAAAAGUGGUCAUUACGCCAGUGAUCGAAUUCGUACCCGUACAGACGAGAUUAUGUCUCUGUGGGAAAGUCUGACACAUGCUACCGAGAAGAAGGGCGCGAAAUUGCAAGAAGCUUCACAGCAACAGCAGUUCAAUCGCACCGUUGAGGACAUCGAGUUAUGGUUGUCGGAAGUGGAAGGACAACUAAUGUCCGAAGACUACGGCAAAGACUUAACCAGCGUCCAAAAUCUUCAGAAGAAACACGCCCUCCUGGAAGCGGAUGUUGCAUCUCAUUCAGACAGAAUCGAAAGCAUCGCUCAGGCUGCCGAACAGUUUGUAAAGUCGGGUCACUUCGACGCGGAUAACAUCAAGGCCAAACAAGAUCAGUUGCAGUCGCGUUACGCUGCUUUGCAACGGCCAAUGAGCAUUCGUAAGCAACGACUUCUCGAUUCUCUGCAGGUGCAGCAACUGUUCAGGGACAUCGAGGAUGAGGAAGCCUGGAUUCGUGAGAAGGAACCAGUUGCCGCUUCCACCAAUCGUGGUCGUGAUCUGAUCGGCGUGCAAAAUCUGCAGAAGAAACAUCAAGCUGUACUAGCGGAAAUCAACAAUCACGAGCCACGCGUGGCCGCCGUCUGCCAGGCAGGUGCAUCCAUGCUGCAAGAGAGCCAUUUCGCUGCAGAAGAGAUCAGCCAACGAUUGGCGGCGUUGGAUGAACAUUGGGGUCAACUGAAAGAGAAAGCUCGACAGCGCAAGAAUGAUCUGGACGAUUCUCUCCAAGCGCAUCAGUACUUCGCUGACGCCAAUGAGGCAGAGUCCUGGAUGAAGGAGAAGCGUCCCAUUGUUAUGAACGCUGAUUAUGGAAAAGACGAAGACAGUUCUGAAGCUCUUCUAAAGAAACACGAAGCUUUGGUCAGCGAUCUGGAGGCGUUUGCUAGCACCAUAGCUGCGCUCAAGGAACAGGCUGCAUCCUGUCGCCAACAAGAGACACCAACCAUCGACAUCACUGGUAAGGAAUGCGUCGUUGCUCUUUACGACUACACGGAGAAGUCACCGCGAGAAGUAUCGAUGAAGAAAGGCGAUACCCUGACUCUCCUGAACUCCAACAAUAAGGACUGGUGGAAGGUCGAAGUAAACGACCGUCAAGGGUUCGUUCCAGCCGCUUAUGUAAAGCGUGUUGAGCCUGAAGCUGGAUUAAGCGCGUCUCAACAAAACUUGGCCAGAGAGCAGAGUUCUAUCGCGGCUAGACAAGCGCAAAUCGAAGCCCAGUACGAUGAUCUUCUGCGAUUGGCCCGGGAACGACAGAACAAGUUGAACGAAACCGCCAAGGCUUACGUACUCGUUAGAGAAGCGGCAGAAUUGGCCACCUGGAUCAAGGAUAAAGAGAACCAUGCGCAGGUGCAGGACGUUGGUGAAGAUUUGGAGCAGGUAGAAGUGAUGCAGAAGAAGUUCGACGAUUUCCAGGCUGAUCUGAAGGCUAACGAGGUGAGACUGGCGGAAAUGAACGAGAUCGCCGUGCAGUUGAUGAGUCUCGGUCAGACGGAGGCAGCGCUGAAGAUCCAGACGCAGAUUCAGGACUUGAACGAGAAGUGGACCAGUUUGCAAACUCUUACUGCCGAACGUGCUAAUCAGCUGGGUUCGGCUCACGAGGUACAACGUUUCCAUCGCGACGUUGACGAGACAAAGGACUGGAUCAGGGAAAAGGAUGCUGCGUUGAAUAACGAUGACCUUGGAAAAGAUCUACGCAGCGUGCAGGCCUUACAACGCAAACACGAGGGUCUCGAAAGAGAUUUGGCUGCAUUAGGAGACAAGAUAAAACAGCUGGACGAGACGGCCAAUCGCUUGAUGCAGUCGCAUCCUGAAACGGCCGAGCAGACUUACGCCAAGCAGAAAGAGAUCAACGAGGAAUGGACCCAGUUAACCGCGAAGGCUAAUAGCAGAAAGGAGAAACUGUUGGAUUCUUAUGACCUGCAGCGAUUCCUCAGCGAUUACCGAGAUCUAAUGGCUUGGAUAAACUCGAUGAUGGGUCUGGUCGCUUCUGAGGAAUUAGCUUCCGACGUGACAGGAGCGGAAGCUCUCUUGGAACGUCAUCAGGAACAUCGAACAGAGAUCGACGCUCGAGCAGGCACCUUCCAAGCGUUCGAAUUGUUCGGUCAGCAGCUAUUGCAGUCCAGUCAUUAUGCCAGCGUCGAGAUCCAAGAAAAGCUGGAAUCCAUGACGGAGGCACGCCAAGAGUUGGAGAAGGCCUGGAUAGAACGACGUAUGCAACUCGAUCAGAAUCUCGAGUUGCAGCUGUUCUGCAGAGACUGCGAGCAAGCCGAAAACUGGAUGAGCGCCCGAGAAGCUUUCUUGAACAGCGCGGAUACCGUGGACAGUAGCGACAACGUGGAGGCCUUGAUCAAGAAGCACGAGGACUUUGAUAAAGCCAUCAACGCGCACGAGGAGAAGAUAGCUACGUUGCAAACGUUGGCAGAUCAGCUAAUCGCUGCAGAACAUUACGCGGCGAAGCCAAUUGACGAGAGACGUUGCCACGUUUUAGACCGCUGGAAGCACCUGAAAGAUGCUCUCAUCGAAAAACGCUCGAAACUUGGAGAGUCCCAGACUCUGCAACAAUUCUCGCGUGACGCCGACGAAAUGGAAAAUUGGAUCGCCGAGAAACUGCAACUGGCUACCGAGGAGAACUACAAAGAUCCAGCAAACAUUCAGUCCAAACAUCAGAAACAUCAAGCGUUCGAAGCCGAACUGGCAGCGAACGCUGACAGAAUUCAAUCUGUGCUCGCCAUGGGAGGGAAUUUGAUCGAUAAGCACCAAUGUGCCGGUUCCGAGGACGCGGUUCAAAAGAGACUAGCCUCGAUUGCUGAUCAGUGGGAAUAUUUGACCCAGAAGACGACGGAGAAGUCCAUGAAAUUGAAAGAGGCCAACAAACAACGCACCUAUAUCGCUGCAGUUAAAGAUCUUGAUUUCUGGCUGGGAGAAGUUGAAAGUCUGCUUACCUCCGAAGACGCGGGUAAAGAUUUAGCUUCCGUGCAAAACUUGAUGAAGAAACAUCAGCUGGUCGAAGCGGAUAUCCAGGCACACGAAGAAAGGAUCAAGGACAUGAAUGCCCAGGCGGAUUCUUUAAUAGAGAGCGGACAAUUCGACGCGGCCGGCAUUCAAGAAAAACGGCAAAGUAUCAACGAACGUUACGAAAGAAUUCGCAACCUUGCUGCUCACAGGCAAGCCAGGCUCAACGAAGCGAACACCUUGCAUCAAUUCUUCAGAGACAUCGCCGACGAAGAGUCUUGGAUUAAAGAGAAGAAGCUGUUGGUAGGUUCGGACGAUUAUGGCCGCGACCUUACCGGUGUACAGAACCUGAAAAAGAAACACAAAAGAUUAGAGGCAGAACUAGGAAGCCAUGAACCUGCUAUACAGGCUGUUCAAGAAGCGGGAGAAAAGCUGAUGGAUGUUUCCAACCUGGGUGUUCCGGAGAUCGAGCAACGUCUGAAGCUCUUGAACCAGGCGUGGGCCGAGUUAAAACAAUUGGCUGCGAACAGAGGACAGAAAUUAGACGAAUCGUUAACGUAUCAACAGUUCCUCGCCAAAGUUGAAGAGGAAGAAGCUUGGAUUACGGAGAAACAGCAAUUACUUUCGGUCGAGGACUAUGGCGACACCAUGGCUGCUGUUCAGGGAUUACUGAAGAAACACGAUGCUUUUGAGACCGAUUUUGCUGCCCAUGGUGAACGCUGCAAGGAUAUCUGUAAAGCUGGCGAAGCUCUGAUUCAAGCCGGAAACCACCGUGCGGACGCCAUAGGUCAAAGAUGUGCUCAGCUUCGCAAUAAACUGGAACAACUUGGCGCCCUUGCAGCCAGAAGGAAAGCUCGACUCAACGAUAACUCGGCUUAUCUUCAAUUCAUGUGGAAAGCUGACGUUGUGGAGUCUUGGAUCGCUGACAAAGAGACCCACGUACGCUCUGAAGAAUUUGGCCGCGACUUGUCCACCGUUCAAACGUUGUUGACCAAACAGGAAACCUUCGACGCUGGAUUGCACGCCUUCGAACACGAGGGAAUACAGAAUAUCACAUCCUUAAAGGAGAUGUUGGUAGAUUCUGGACACGAUCAAACUCCUAGUAUUCAGAAACGUCACGCGGAUGUCAUUGCUCGUUGGCAGAAACUUUUGGCAGAUUCUGAUGCUCGUAAACAACGUUUGCUUAGAAUGCAAGAUCAGUUCAGGCAGAUCGAAGAGUUGUAUCUGACGUUCGCCAAAAAGGCAUCCGCUUUCAACUCGUGGUUCGAGAACGCGGAAGAGGAUUUGACAGACCCUGUUCGGUGCAACAGCAUCGAGGAGAUCCGAGCUCUUCGAGAAGCACAUGCACAAUUCCAAGCAAGCUUAUCUUCCGCUGAAGCAGAUUUCGAGGCACUCUCUGCGCUUGACAGACAGAUAAAAAGCUUCAACGUUGGUCCCAAUCCGUACACCUGGUUCACGAUGGAAGCGUUAGAAGACACCUGGCGUAAUCUACAAAAAAUAAUCAAAGAACGCGACGUAGAGCUUGCGAAGGAAGCUCAACGACAAGAAGAGAACGACAAACUACGUAAAGAAUUUGCUAAACAUGCUAAUGCGUUCCAUCAAUGGCUAGCAGAAACAAGGACAUCCAUGAUGGAAGGUUCGGGGUCGUUGGAACAACAAUUGGAAGCAACGAAGAGAAAGACCCAGGAAGUUCGUGCACGUCGACAAGAUCUAAAAAAAAUCGAAGACCUGGGAGCAAUUUUGGAGGAACAUUUAAUCUUAGACAACCGUUACACGGAACACAGUACUGUAGGAUUGGCGCAACAAUGGGAUCAACUGGAUCAAUUGGGAAUGCGUAUGCAACACAAUUUAGAGCAGCAAAUACAAGCACGUAAUCAGUCGGGUGUCUCUGAAGAUGCUCUUAAAGAAUUCUCUAUGAUGUUCAAACAUUUCGACAAAGACAAGAGUGGUCGUCUGAAUCAUCAAGAAUUCAAAUCUUGUUUGAGAGCACUGGGCUAUGAUUUACCAAUGGUGGAAGAGGGUCAACCUGAUCCGGAAUUCGAAAAUAUUCUUGAUAUCGUCGAUCCUAAUAGAGACGGUUACGUAUCGUUGCAAGAAUAUAUGGCUUUCAUGAUUAGUAAGGAAACAGAGAACGUGCAGAGUUCUGAAGAAAUAGAAAAUGCUUUCCGCGCAAUUACAGCUGCAGAUCGGCCAUAUGUUACAAAAGAGGAAUUAUACGCUAACCUUACCAAGGAAAUGGCCGAUUACUGUGUAGCUCGCAUGAAACCUUACGUUGACCCCAAAACGGAACGACCAAUCACAGGAGCAUUGGAUUAUAUUGAAUUUACUCGCACCCUUUUCCAGAAUUAAUUUCAUAAAUUAUUCAUUUUUUUAAUACAACGGUUAUUAAAUUAUAGCAACAGAAAUAUGAACGCUUACUUUACUAAACACCUUGUUACUUCAAUGCGGUAUAUACGUAUACACUGUUUUAUUUAUAGCAUAUAGUGCAUCACUGAUUCAUCAUUCUUUUUUGUAUUAAUAUAUAAACUAUUCGUGAAAAUAGUGAGAAAUAAAUUAUAUACUUUAUGUACAAGAAUAUCAA